AUUUAUUAUUGUUGUCUUUAAUCUUUAUAGCUAUUUGUAUAUUGACGUAAUCAUUACUGCAGUACCUAACGGUUUCUUACGUAGUCUCCGUUUCUUCUUAUUCAUAUACGAUGCGUCGAUCUAUGAACUGCAAUAGUUAUAGACUAUAGUAUAAUAGUAUAAUAUAAUUAUUAUAUUUUUGGUUUUUUCUACCUAUAUAUACUUAUUUAUUAUCGGCUGUCAGAUAGAAAUCAAAAAUGUUCAUCAGCAAGUAUUUGAGCAAGUUCGUGUUCCAAUUUGUCAAUAUGUUUUGUUUUAUAUUUGGCAUCGGUAUUUUGUGUAUCGCGUACUUUAUGGAUAGAAAGUUGUACAAAUGGUCAGCGUUUGUUGAUUCGGAACUGACCACAGUGCCUCAAUUACUGACGACCAUCGGUCUGGCACUACUAGUCAUUGCCGUCAUCUGUAUGUGCGGUACCCUCAAGAACAUAAAAUAUCAAUUAAUUAUGGUAUCUGUACUACUCGCAAUUCUUUUGAUCGGAGAAUAUAUAUUGGGCAGUGUUGUUUAUCAUAUGUGCAGUGACAUGGAACAGUAUGCAUUGGAACGAAUGAAAUACACGAUCAGCACGUACAACAAAACCGGACAUGAAGCCACUAGACAGUCCUGGAAUACAUUACAAUCUAAUAUCGAAUGUUGUGGAAUUGACGGACCAAAAGAUUGGAAGCUGGUUACGAGGAGCGGUGAACUGCCUGCGUCUUGUUGUUACGCCGUCCAAAUCGAUCAGUCUUGCACGGAAAUUAAUUCGUACAAAAUCGGCUGCUUUGAAAAGUUCAAGACCAAUCUUCAACAAAAUAACCGAAUAAUAUUUUGGUCUGCUGUAGGAUUCGCUUUGGUUCAGAUCAAUUGAAUGUUCACAUCUGGAGUGGCCCCUAGGCCGACUAAGCCCGUAUUUCUAAAAAAAAUUUAUACUGUUCUAAACAUAAUUACAAAAAAAAAAAAACAUAUAACUAUCGAAAGUUUUCUGAAAAUUAUAACCCCCCAA